AUGCAGGACUUAAAUACGCAAGCUGAUAAUGGUGAGCUAACUUUUCACCCGAGGCUCAUCACACGGUCCACGUUCCAAAAACUACUCUCUUGUUAUCCAACGACAGUCGAGCGGGUACACCAACACAGGAUAGAGCAGAAGCUGCAGCCAAAGAAAAGCAAGAAGAAGGGCGCAUCAGUGCAGGGCUUGGAAUCUGUCAAGACAGAUUUUAGUAAGGAGGAGCAGUCACAGAUCCGCGAUGAGGUGAAUAGAGUUCUUGAUUUGGAUGAGUGGCGGUAUGAGAAGAUGCCCGCGGCGAUCUUGGAAAGGAGAGCCGCAAAUGAAGAGGAAGAGAAAAUGGAAGACUCUGAACUUUUGACUAAAGACGAGUUGGUAAACAUCGUGGAGUGGAAGCUGGCUUGGGUGUGUGGUAUACCAUUGAAAGAAGUUACAUUGCUAAUACAAGUGCUAUGGAUUAGGAAACAUGGCAAAUACCGGCCUGCUCUCAAGGGUAUGGUCAAGAAGAACACGGAAAGCUUGGUAUCAAAAUGUGUUGAGGCAGCUAUAGCCGCUUUGCCGACGACAACUGAAUUUCCAACGGCUAGCAUGGAUGCUAUACUGCCCCUUCACGGUAUUGGCCCUGCUACUGCAUCUCUGAUUCUAUCAAUCGCCACUGCGGCGGGUGAGGUCAAAGGUCAAAUUCCUUUCUACAGCGACGACCUCUUCUAUUGGGUAUGUAUGCAUCAAUAUCCAGGUAUGGAAAAUGAAGGGAGCAGUGAAGAGUCUGCUCCGCUAGAGACGUCGUCUAAGAAAGCUGCUUUGAAGCCGAAUGGGGAAUUGAAUGUGAAAUAUACCUUGGCAGAGUAUCAACUGCUAUGGCUUGCAUCACUGGAAUUAAACGUUCAUCUGAAUCAUCCAGAAAACAAGGGUUCCCCAGAGUUGCCUGUUUUUUCGCAUGUUGAUGCUGAAAAAGUUGCUUAUGUUCUGCGCCAUUUGGAUGUUUCUGGGUUCUACCCUGAGCAUGAGUCGGCGCAGGAUCAGGGAGAAUCAGCAUCUGAUUGUAAGAUGGAAGGGUCUAAGAGAAAGGCCUUUGAUGAGGAGGAAAAACCGUUGAAGAGAUCUAAACGGAAGCGAGAGGGUUUGAGGAAUAACUAG